AUGCCAAACCCGCACCGAAAGAGGAGGGGAAACCACCGCGGCCACAAGCAAACCGAGCAGUGCGAACCUAGCCUAGAGGCAGACUGCGACAAUGACUUGUCGCCGAUGCGCUCUGAGAGUGGUCGAUAUAUCGGCUUCUUCGAGACGAUCUACGAGGAACACAUGCCUGCUGGCAUCGGCUGCCCGGCUUUCUGCUGCACGAUCACGUGGGAUCCAGCCAUUGAGCCGGGGGAGCUGAGCGAGCUGGUCACUAGAUAUGUGGCGGACUUCGACGAUGAAGAGUACCAGCCAGAAGUAGAUGUAGUGCCGAUCCGCAGCGCAGCAGGCACCACAGAGGCGUUGGUGUACCUGCGAGAUUCGGCCUGCCUUGACCGUCUCAAGAGAGUGCGGGACUCAAGGUACCGCAUUCGUACAACACAUGCGGUCGUCCGCAUUGCAUCAGAACCGCCGGAGUACCUCGCAUGGGGCAUCUACUGGGAUGUGGUGCAAUGCGAGGAGCAAGCAAGGCAAAACAAGAAAAACCACAGCAACGACAGCUCAUUCCAGACGCCUGAGCUCACUCCAGAGCUGCAGGACUGCAGCACACAGACGGACAAACCAGCAGGGCUCCGACACACCUCGUGUCAGACGUCCGCCGCAGCCAAGUGGAAACACUCUGGCACCCAAACCGCCGUUUUUACGGCAGAGAAAGCCAUGAGGACCUCCCAGCCGGCACCCCUUCUGCUGCUACUGCUGCUGCUGCUGGCUACCCAGCAUGCACCGGCGCUCCCAGAAGCCAGUGCGGCCGGGCAGCCGACCUGCGGUUUCCACUCGUGCCACGAGUUGAAGGAGGGAAUGCUGAACGUCCACAUGGUGCCUCACUCGCACGACGACCUGGGAUGGCACAAAACCGUCGACGAAUACUUCUUCGGCUGGCAAAAUCUGAUCCAGUACGCCAGCGUGUCUCAGAUCAUUACGUCGGUGUUUGAAGAACUUUUAAAGGAUCCAGUCAAGAGGUUCAUCCAGGUGGAGACGGCUUUCCUGUGGCGGUGGUGGCAGCUGCAGAACGAGACCACGCGCGGGCAGUACCGCCAUCUUGUGCGGACCGGGCGAGUCCAGAUCACGGGCGGGGGGUGGAGCAUGCCGGACGAGGCCACCACCAGCUACCAGUCCCUCAUCGACAACUACAGCUGGGGGCUCAAGUUCCUGAACGACACCUUCGGGCCGUGCGGCAUACCUGAUGUCGGCUGGCAGAUCGACCCGUUCGGCCACUCGCGGGAGACGGCGGCCAUCAUGGCGGCCAUGGGCUUCCGGGGCACGUUCCUCAACCGCAUCGACUACCAGGACUUCCGGCACAGGAAGCACAAGCUGGAGCUGGAGUUCCUGUGGCACGCCAGCGAGAACUUGGACAUCUUCACCAACAUCCUGUACGGCGGGUACACCCCACCCCAGCACUGCUGCUGGGACAUGCUGUGUGGCGAGGAUGACAUCACAGACGACGAAUUUCCAGAUUACCAAGAAUACAUUGUGAAACUCUUCACUACAUACGUGAAAAAUCAAGCAAAACGCUACAAGACAAAUAAUGUUCUAAUCACGAUGGGAAGUGACUUCACCUACAUGGAUGCACACCAGUAUUAUAAAAACAUCGAUAAAAUUAUUAGUUUGAUCAACAACAAGCAAAAGCACGGCAGCAAGAUCAAUUUGCUCUACUCCACGCCAACUUGCUACCUGAAGGCCGUGCACGACGCCCAGCCAAUCAUCUCGACCAAAGCCGACGACUUCCUGCCCUACGCGAGCGAAGCGAACACCUACUGGACUGGCUUCUACACCUCCAGGCCCACGAUCAAGUUCUUGGAGCGCUUCGGACACAACUUCUUGCAAGUGUGCAAGCAGCUGAGCGCGCUGGCGGGGCUGGCGGGUGACGACCUGUCGCCGCUGGACAGGCUGCGGGACAUCAUGGGGGUGAUGCAGCACCACGACGCGGUCACCGGCACCGAGCGAGAGCGCGUGGCCCAGGACUACGUGAGGACGCUGCACUCCGCCAUGAGCAGCAGCCAGCUGCUGGCGCAGACCGCGCUCAUCAUCCUCCUGGGCGGGAACUCCAGCCGCUCGACGGAGAUGAAGUCCUGCCUGCUGCUGAACAUCAGUCAGUGCGACGUGUCUGAGCAGAACGAUGACUUCGUGGUGACUGUGUACAACCCACUCAGCAGACCCGUGUCCCACUACGUGCGGCUGCCCGUCAAGAAUGGCUCUUACUCUGUCACCGAUCUCACUGGGGUGUCCCAGAAGGUGCAGACCCUACCCAUCCCUUCCCCUGUGCUGCGACUGGCUGACCGGCGCAGCGAGGCUCAUCAGGACCUGGUGUUCCGAGCCGCUGACCUUCCCCCUCUUGGGCUGAGGAGCUACAGGGUUUCCAGGACCUCCUCCGCUGGCCGCGACCACCUGCCAGUGACCUCCAGCUACAUCGGCAAUUCAUGCCUGAGAGUGGAGCUGGACGCGGACUCGGGCCUGCUGGCCAGGAUCACGGCCAACGGCACGGAGAUCCCCGUGAGCCAGAACAUGUUCCACUACGAGUCCUACAACAGCAGCGGCGUCUCAACCGGCUCCGACCGCUCGGACGGGCCCUACAUGUUCCGGCCGGACGACGACACCGCCGCCCCCGCCGCAGAUGCCGUCUCCUUCUCCAUCUACAAAGGAGAACUUGUUGAAGAAAUUCAUCAGAUAUUCAACAACUGGACGAGUCAAGUUAUAAGGCUGUACAAAGAUGAAGACCAUGUGGAGUUUGAGUGGCUAGUUGGGCCAGUUGAAAUAAAAACGACGGGGGUGGAGCCAAUCUCGAGGUUCUCGUCAGCGCUCCGGUCGGCCGGGGAGUUCCACACAGACUCUAACGGCCGAGAGCUGCUAAAGAGGAAGAGGGACUACCGGGCUUCGUGGGAUGUCAACAUUACGCAGCCCGUGGCCGGCAAUUACUACCCCGUGUCCUCCAGGAUAGUGAUCCGUGACAAGAAGGCAGGGCUCGAGAUGGCCGUGCUUACAGACCGCGCCCAAGGAGGCAGCAGCCUGCAGGACGGGCAGAUUGAGCUCAUGCUGCACCGGCGAUUGAACACGGACGACGGCCUGGGGGUGGACGAGUUUCUGGACGACCGCGAGCCCGCGCGGGGCAAGCACUACGUGGUGCUGGGCGAGUCCUCGGCGGACAGCAGCCCCAGCCUGGCCGCAAGGCAGCGCCUGCUGGCUCAGAGGAAGCUGGUGCAGCCGUGGGUGUUCCUUAGCCCCGCAGACUGGCCGACCAGCUUCAAGCACCAGGUGGGCUCCGAGCCGCACUACACUCUCACGGUCUUUAAACUCUGCCCGGUUCGACAGACCUCUUUCAGAGAUGUUGAACUGGUCAUCUUGGCUAGUUAG